UCCCAUUAUUGCAAACUGCCACGACCAUGGUGCUGAACGCGUUAGUGUCGUUCAACUCGCCCCUGCAGCUGGUCUUGGACAACUACAGUCUCGUGAUGAUAGAGAUCGUGAGCUACUUCAUCUUCCUCAUGACAUGCGUCCAUGCAUCUGCGUCUCCGCGCCGGACGCAGCUCGUGCUUGGUGGGCUUGUCGCGUUCCACACGCUCUACUUUGGCCUCGGGCAGCUCGACCCGACCCUUGCCAUCAUGUGGCACGGCCAAGCCCUGAUCAUGCUCUUUUACAGCCACGUGCCAGUGUACGCGGUGCUCCUUUUCGCGUCGCUCUACUACCUAGCGUACAUCGCCACGCUCAAGCUACACUUGCAUUUGUCGUCGAGCAUCGCGGCCGUGGGGCUUCUCACCCUCGCCUUGGUCUUCCCCGCCGAACUCGUGGGCUCCAAGCUGCUGUGGUGGACGUGGCACGACACCGAUGAGACCCUCGACGACCGCUUCCUCAACGUCCCCCUCGCAGCUCUGGCCUCCCAUGCGUUCUCCGCGUCUUCGUUCUACCUUCUGCUCCACCUCCUUCGAGAGUCCGACUGCCGCUUUGUUUUUUCUCGCUCACAAAUACAUAUCCUCUGUAGAUAUCUCACAUUUGGCCUCGAGUUUCAGCCAGCGAACGCCACCAACGAAUACUUGGGCGUCGGUGGCGCCACGUUGCUGUCGUUCCCGCUGUCCACGCUGGCGUUUGGGCUGACUUUUCAACUGUUUCAUGGGCUAUUGGAUGUGUCCACCCAUACAGUCUUGGCAGCGUUGAUCGUCGUCGCCACGCUCUGGGUAUGGAGUUCUGAUCGCCGUGGAGGUGACGUGGAUAAGAAGGUGGUACCAUGGCAGUACGAUGGCGAGUGGCAUCACUUGUGGUUUGACCAUGCAUUGGUCCAGUGGGGAGUCGUAUAUCUGGCGCUCAUGCCGCUGCUGCUUGUCGUGGUAACUCCGUCGCAUAUGAUUUCUCUGGGGUACCACCAGCUGCUGGGGGACUGCAGCCAUGUGACAACGUACUCGACUCUGUUUGGGACGCCCCAAUCUCGGUUCACAUACCUCUGCCACUUGCAUUUUGACGAAGCGUACUCGUUCUGCGAGGUCCCUCGAUCUCAGCUACAUGUGGGCGACCCUUGGUACAAGAUCUGCGGGGUAGGGUAUCCCCACGGCGUGUUUCCCAACUAUUUGGUCGUGUGUGUGGUGGUAUCUGUGACACUGUUGCUGGUACUGCGCGAUAUUUUCACCUUGUCGCGGCCAGCGUGGAUCCACCGUCUGCCCAGAGCCGAAACCCAUACGCCAGUCAAAGUGGGAGAAGGCUCGUAGUUAGUACUCCACUUGUUGAGUACACUUCUUAAUAAUACUUUGUGGGGAAUCUAAU